AUGGAACUUCCUACACCUAAGGCCCAGCGACAGGAAACGACCCCUAGCUCAGGUGCUAGUAGUGGGUCAAACAGUUCUAGGACACAGGAGUUUAUGCAGAUGAAGCCACCAGUGUUCACAGGGUCAAAGAAGGAGGAAGACCCCCAGAAUUUCAUUGAUGGACUCCAGAAAGUUUUUCGUGUGAUGCAUGCUACUGAUACAGAGGCAGCGGAACUCGGAGCUUUCCAGCUGCAAGAUGUGGCCCAUAUUUGGUAUGAGACAUGGGAACAGUCCCGAGGGGAGGAUGCACCUUCUGCUACUUGGGAUGAAUUUGCAGAUGCUUUCAUUGAGCAUUUCAUGCCAAUUGAGGUCAGGGAAGCCAAGGCCACUGAGUUUGAAAAUCUAAGGCAGAAUGACAUGACUGUUCAGGACUAUUAUCUCAAGUUUGUGUCAUUAUCCUGGCAUGCUCCUCACAUGGUUCCGAAUAUGAGGGCCAUUGUUAAAAGGUUUGUACUUGGACUUAAACCCGAAUUGCACAUGGAUGCCAAUACUGCUGCUUAG